AUGGCAAGAGUAGCUGGUAAAGCUCAAUGUAUGAUUUGUGAUACAGAAAAAAAUGCAGUUAAAUGCGAAUGUUGUUCAAAAAUGUUUUGUCAUAUUCAUUUAUCGCUUCAUCGUGAAGAACUAAGUCAACAAUUAGAUGAAAUCGAACAAAAUUUUGAUCUUUUUGGAGAAACACUUACUCGGAAGAAAAACCAUCCUCAGCAACACUCGUUAAUCAAACAGAUUGAUCAAUGGGAAAAAGAUUCAAUCAAUAAAAUUCAGCAAAAAGCAGAAGAAUGUAGACAAUUAGUAUUUCAUCAUUUAACAAAACAUUUUACUCAAAUAGAAGACAAUUUCGUCGAAUUAACUAAUUAA